AUGGCUGAGAGAGACCAGAUCGUUCAAGAGACUGUUGAUGCAGCAAUAUGCACAGCUGUAGGCGACAAGACAAUGCAAACCUUAUCCUCAGUGAGAGCAGGGCCGACGGUCCAGAUCUCAGACGAUGAUUGGAAAUACGACCAGAAGUUCCCGUCUAUCGGAGUCUGCAUGAUCAUCAACAACAAAACCUUUCUCCCCCAGACAGGUAUGAAACCUAGACCGGGCACAGAAAAGGACGCAGACGCAGCAAAGAAGACUUUUGGAAAUCUGGGAUAUAAAGUCACUGUGCACAAUGACCUCACCAAGAAACAGAUAGAGACAGCGCUGGAGAAAGUGUCUAAACAGGACCACAGUAAAAACGCAUCUUUUGUUUGUGUGAUUCUGAGCCAUGGAAAUGAGGAUGGAAUCUUUGGGACGGAUAAACUCAUCACCCUGGAAGAUAUCACCAAAUAUUUUAAAGGUGAUAAAUGCAAGACCCUCGUAGGAAAACCCAAACUCUUCUUUCUCCAGGCAUGUCGUGGUACAAAGUUGGAUGAGGGCGUGAUCCUCAGAGGUGUGGAAGAGGCAGAUGGGCCACUUCAACAGAAGAUCCCGGUGGAGGCAGACUUCCUCUACGCCUACGCCACAGCUCCAGGUUACAUAGCCUGGAGGAAUGAGACAAAUGGCUCCUGGUUCAUUCAGUCUCUUUGUGGGAUCCUUUCAAAACACAAAGACCUGGAGCUGUUGCACAUCAUGACUCGAGUGAACAGAAAAGUGGCCUUUGAGUUUCAGUCUAACGUCCCCAAAGACCCGGCGUUAAACGAAAAGAAGGAAAUCCCCUGCUUCACCUCCAUGUUGACCAAAGAAUUCUAUUUCACUAUAAAACCUUAA